CGUGCUCCGGGACUAGGAGGCCCCGGCCUGGACGCGCGUUCUGCGCAGCCAAGGUCCCCUAGCGCCCCCUACAGUCUCACGCGCGGGGAGACGGCAUCGGGUCCUGCGCCUCCGCACUGCGCCCGGGACCCCACCCAGCGGCCCGCGCCCCGGGACCACGUGAGCACCGCACCUCCAGACUGCAGAAACGGGGCGUGGGGACCGGCGAGCGCGCAACAUCCCCGGCCACCUCUGAUCGCUCCGCCCGCCGCUGCCUGACUUACCCUCCCUCCCUCCGUCCCCCCCCCCCCCCCCCGUUCCUCCCGCCCGCCCGCCCGCCCGCCUGCCGGCGCCGGACACGCUGAUCCUCUUCUCUUAGGGCGCUCUUCCCCUUGGCCGACCGUCUCAUCCCGUGCAACUUUGGGACGGACAGUGGCCGUUUGGUGUUGAAUGUUCCCCUCGGAGAGCGCAUGGCUGCGGAAGCGAGGUGCGGGCCGGGCCCGCGAGGGGCCGCCGUAUGGGAGGCGGUGAUGCUACUGCUGUGCUUGGGAGUCCCGACCGGGCGCCCCUACAACGUGGACACCGAGAGCGCAAUGGUUUACAAGGGCCCCGCCGACACCCUGUUCGGCUACUCGGUGGUGCUGCACAGCCACGGGGCGAACCGAUGGCUCGUAGUCGGGGCGCCCACGGCCAGCUGGCUCGCCAACACUUCAGUGGUCAAUCCUGGGGCGAUUUACAGAUGCAGGAUUGGAAAGAACCCAGAGCGGACGUGCGAACAGCUCCAGCUGGGUAGCCCUAAUGGAGAACCUUGUGGAAAGACUUGUUUGGAAGAAAGAGACAAUCAAUGGUUGGGGGUCACGCUUUCCAGACAGCCAGGAGAAAAUGGCUCCAUCGUGACUUGUGGGCAUAGAUGGAAAAAUAUAUUUUACAUAAAGAAUGAAAAUAAGCUCCCCACGGGUGUUUGCUAUGGAAUGCCCUCUGAUUUACGAACAGAGCUGAGUAAAAGAAUAGCUCCAUGCUAUCAAGAUUAUGUGAGAAAAUUUGGAGAAAAUUUUGCAUCAUGUCAAGCUGGAAUAUCUAGUUUUUACACAGAGGACUUAAUUGUGAUGGGAGCUCCAGGAUCAUCGUAUUGGACCGGCUCUCUUUUCGUCUACAAUAUAACUACAAAUAAAUACAAAGCUUUUUUAGACAGACACAAUCAAGUGAAAUUCGGAAGUUAUUUAGGAUACUCGGUUGGAGCCGGUCAUUUUCGGAGUCGGCACACUACCGAGGUAGUUGGAGGAGCCCCUCAACAUGAACAGAUUGGUAAAGCAUACAUAUUCAGCAUCGAUGCAAAAGAACUAAAUAUCUUACAUGAAAUGAAAGGUAAAAAGCUUGGGUCUUAUUUCGGAGCUUCUAUCUGUGCGGUGGACCUCAACGCAGAUGGCUUCUCAGACCUACUUGUGGGAGCUCCCGUGCAGAGCACCGUCAGGGAGGAAGGAAGAGUGUUUGUAUACAUCAACUCUGGCACUGGAGCAGUCAUGAACGAAAUGGAAAUAGAGCUCAUUGGAAGUGACAAAUAUGCUGCAAGAUUUGGGGAAUCUAUAGUCAAUCUUGGCGACAUUGAUAAUGAUGGCUUUGAAGAUGUUGCUAUUGGAGCUCCACAGGAAGAUGACUUGCGAGGUGCUAUUUAUAUUUACAAUGGCCGAGCAGAUGGGAUCUCGUCAGCCUUCUCACAGAGAAUUGAAGGGCGUCAAAUCAGCAAAUCAUUAAGUAUGUUUGGACAGUCUAUAUCUGGACAAAUUGAUGCAGAUAAUAAUGGAUAUGUAGAUGUAGCAGUUGGUGCUUUUCGGUCUGAUUCUGCUGUGCUGCUAAGGACGAGACCUGUAGUGAUUGUCGAAGCUUCUUUAAACCAUCCUGAGUCAGUAAAUAGAACAAAUUUUAACUGUAUUGAAAAUGGAUUGCCUUCUGUGUGCAUGGAUCUAACACUCUGUUUCUCAUAUAAGGGCAAAGAGGUUCCAGGUUAUAUCGUUUUGUUUUAUAACAUGAGCCUGGAUGUGAACCGAAAGGCAGAGUCUCCAUCGAGAUUUUACUUUUCUUCCAAUGGAACUUCUGACGUGAUUACAGGAAGCAUAAAAGUAUCAAGCAGAGUGGCUAACUGUAAAACACAUCAAGCAUUUAUGCGGAAAGAUGUACGGGACAUCCUCACCCCAAUUCAGAUUGAAGCCGCUUACCACCUGGGGCAUCAUGUCAUCAGUAAACGAAGUACAGAGGAAUUCCCACCACUUCAGCCAAUUCUUCAGCAGAAGAAAGAAAAAGACAUCAUUGCAAAAACAAUAAACUUUGCAAGAUUUUGUGCGCAUGAAAACUGUUCUGCUGAUUUACAGGUUUCUGCAAAAAUUGGAUUUUUGAGGCCACAUGAAAAUAAAACCUAUCUUGCUGUUGGAAGUAUGAAGACAUUAAUGUUGAACGUGUCCUUAUUUAAUGCCGGAGAUGAUGCAUAUGAGACAACUCUGCAUAUCAGACUACCCACUGGUCUUUACUUCAUUAAGAUUUUAGAUCUGGAGGAGAAACAAAUAAACUGCGAAGUAACAGACAGCUCUGGCAUAGUAAAACUUGACUGCAGGGUUGGUUAUAUAUAUGUAGAUCAUCUAUCAAGGACAGAUAUUAGCUUUCUUCUGGAUGCCAGCUCACUCAGCAGAGCAGAAGAGGAUCUCAACAUCACAGUGCAUGCCGCCUGUGAAAAUGAAGGAGAAACAGGCAACAUGAAGCGUAACAAAGUGACUUUAACAGUACCUCUAAAGUAUGAAGUCAUGCUAACUGUUCAUGGGUUUGUAAACCCAACUUCGUUUGUGUAUGGCCCAAAGGAGGAAAAUGAGCCUGAAAUGUGUAUGGCAGAGAAAAUGAACUUCACUUUCCACGUUAUCAACACUGGCCAAAGCAUGGCUCCAAAUAUUAGUGUGGAAAUAACGAUACCAAAUUCUUUUAUUCCCCAAACUGAUAAACUGUUCAACAUUUUGGAUGUCCAGACUACUGUUGGAGAAUGCCAUUUUAAGAAUUACCAAAGAAAGUGUGCAUUAGAGCAGAAAAAAGGCACAAUGGAGACCCUGAAAGAUAUAUUCAAAUUUUUAUCAAAGACUGAUAAGAGGCUACUGUACUGCAUGAGAGCUGAUCCACAUUGUUUAACUUUCUCAUGCAAUUUUGGGAAAAUGGACAGUGGAAAAGAAGCCAGUGUUCACAUUCAGUUGGAGGGUCGGCCAUCCAUUUUAGAAAUGGAUGAGACUAGAGCCCUGAAGUUUGAAAUAAGAGCAACAGCUUUUCCAGAGCCAAAUCCAAAAGUUAUUGAACUAAACAAGGAUGAGAAUGUUGCACAUGUGCUACUCGAAGGACUACAUCAUCAAAGACCCAAACGCCAUUUCACUAUAGCGAUUAUUUUAAGUAGCUUGCUACUUGGACUUAUUUUACUUUUAUUGAUUUCAUAUGUUAUGUGGAAGGCUGGCUUCUUCAAAAGACAGUACAAGUCUAUCCUACAACAAGAAAACAGAAGAGACAGUUGGAGUUACAUUAACAGUAAAAGCAGUAAAGAUGAUUGAAGACUUCUUUCAAAUUGAGAGAAUAACAGACUCAGGUUACAGUAUACUAAAACAAAUUUAGACAUUGUUUGUUUACAAGAAACCGUGAAUUUUGCCUCAGACUUCUUCUGUGUACUUCUUUUAGUCAUGACCUUGUGACAUGUUAUGUCUUAAUGCAGAUGAAAAAUCCAAGCAGUGAUUAUUCUAAGAGAAAAUAACUCCAAAAGUAGUAUUUUUAAUAUAUCCAAAAAGAUAAUCUUUCAGCUCUUAAAUGGAUAGAAAAACACUAAAGCAUCAGCUUAUCCAAGAUAAGUAAUCCCUGGACAAUACCUUGAAAUGAGUGCAUCUGAAUUAAAAUUAUGUUGAAGUAAACAACUCGACUGGAGAAAACUUGGACUUUGAGGUAUCAUUCCUUUAAAAGAAAUACUAUUUACCAUAUGUGCUGGCUUUGGUAAAAUUAAUUCCACCAAAUAGGUAAGGACUCAUUUCUAAUAGAUCUUUGAGACUUGUUUGGAAUAUGUUCUCUAGAAAUAGUUAGCAGAAUUUUUGAAAGGCUGUUCCCAAAUUUUCUAAUGAAUAGAAGAGGAACAUUAUCAUUUUAAAGCAUAUUUUA